UCGUGACCUAAUACCACUGACACUUUCUUUGGUUGAGACAAGCACGCCUGACCUAGUUCGGCAGUUAUCUAAACAAGAAGAUAAAAAUACAUUGAACAACACCACUGACAUUCAACAUGGCCACAGAAAAAUCCGCCAUGGAUCCCAACCUUGAAGAGCUGCCUGAUCUGAGAAAUUCGAAAGGACACGGAUUCCUCUGUUUCCAGCAUGAUGGGUUGUACCUCUUCGUGCUGCCUCCACAAAUAAUGAAGGGACGCAGAAAUACAGACACAGUCAAAACUGUCACAGAAGCCGAACUGAAGGAUGAUGACAUCAUUAUUUGUGCGUAUCCCAAAUGCGGAACCCAUUGGCUGUGGGAAGUCAUCGAGAUGCUGAUCAGUGGGACCAUCAAGUAUCAAAAGGAUGUGAAAGAGACCCGGAUGAUGGAAUUCAUCUUCAAGGAAGGAAUAGAAGCAGUGCCGCCUCCACGGGUAUUCAACACACACCUUCCUCUGCGCAUGCUUCCCAAACAGGUCGUGGAGAAGAAGGUCAAGUGUAUUCAGAUCAUGCGCAACCCUAAAGAUGCCUGUGUGUCCUUUUUUAACCACUGCAGAAAUCUGGUUGAACCGCAAGGUUAUGAAGGAGACUUCGCGGAGUUUACCGAGGCGUUUUUGUCAGGGAAACUACCGUUUGGAUCCUAUUCCACCUAUCUGCUAACGUGGAAAGCUGAAGUGGCAGCUUCGCAAGAAUUCCCUGUUCUUAAUCUGUUUUAUGAGGAAAUGAAAUUUGACCCUGUCAAGAGUGUUAAAGACAUCGCCAAGUUUCUACGCCUGAAAUCUACAGACCAGUUCUGUGAAGAGGUUGCGGCUGCUUGUUCCUUUAAGAAAAUGAAAAAAGUUGACGAGGAAAUGAAAGGUGACCUUCCCUUCAAGAUAUGGAAAGAUGGCUCUGACGGGACGUUCUACAGGAAAGGUGAGAUCGGGGACUGGAAGAAUUGGUUCACUGUGGCAGAAAACGAGAAAUUUGAUCAAAUAUGGAACGAGAAGAUGAAGGAUUCUGGAUUCGAGUUUACCUAUACACCGGUGUGAGGUCAUACCAAAUACAUGGGUUUCAUGUGAACCGGUAUCUAGUGAAAUGUAUGAUACUCAAGAAGCUGAGUGUGCAGUGCCAAUUUGCUUCAUAAAACACUUCGCAGAAGUACAGGGGAUUAUCUGCGGAUAUUUACAAACGUAAUUGCCCCAACAUUUACCGCCCUCCUGAUCUAAAGUUAAAGCAUUUCAGGGCGACUUUUAUAUCCAAGAGAUA